AUGUAUGGGUCAGUCCCAGCAUUGGAAAAACACGAUGCACCACCCCCUUGGCCUCCAAAUUCCAACACCCAGCCACAAGAUCUAGAAGCCAGAAGCUCAAAGGAAGAUGAAGGAGACGAAGACAAGGAACAUGUGGAAGAGUGGAAGAAGAAAAGAGAAGGGGAAGUAAAAGUGAAACCAAGUUCGUCACCCACUUGUCUGGCGCACUUUGACAAAGUACCUGGUUGGAGGAGACAAUCGAGUAUGGCAGCUACCAGAGGAGGUAGUCCAUACCGAGCGUUCUGCUCAUUUCACCAAGCUGACGAACCCGUUUCUCCCCCUUUCCAAUCGACUCACUCCCCACUUUCCAUCCCUUCUGGGAAAAUACCAGGAGAAGACCUUGGUGUUAAUCAUCAAGCUACGACUCAAAACCCUGGCCAUAGAAGAUUAGGCCCCCUUUCAUCCAUCUCAGAUGCUGUUUUAGACGAUCAACAAGGAACACGACUACUGGGAACGACAAACGAAGUAACUACAUGCUCUUCUACGGUCGGGCAGCGUAACAGUUGGACCACCAGGCAUCAAGAUCGCAACGGACGGCCACACAAUCCCCUCAAUGGCAAGAGGUUCAAUGCCAACACCCUCAAUGACCAUGGCAUCUCCAUCAUCAAAAUUGGCGUCACCACCAUCUCGGUUGACGCUGCAGUCUCCACCAUCUCUGUCAUCCCCACCAUCGACACCACGGCCACUUGCGACUCCACCACCGCACUCAUCGCUGAUGACGUCGAAUUUAGCAUCGCCAUCGUCUCUACCCAUACCACCGUCACCUCCAACAUCAACCUCGACCUCUCAGUCGCCACUGUCGACAUCGUCACCAUCGAUACUGCGGCCACCUCCAUGACCACCAUCGGUAUCGUCAUUCCCUGUACCACUUCCUGCUUCGGUAUCGUCAUCUAG